AUGUGCGAUAGACCAGUUACAUCUGAAAGUAUCACUCUGACAGACUGUCUUUCAUGUGCUGGCUGCGUAUCGAUCACAGAUGAGUCAGAGUCAGAGUACAAAGCAGCAAUUGAAAUGAUUAAAAAUGGAGGCGUAAAUAUAAUUAUAACACCACAGGCCAAAAUGUCACUAUUUGUCACACACAGCGCAAAGAAGAAUAAAACAUUUAGGGAGUUUGAAUAUGCAUUGGUUAAGUACUUGGCUAAGUAUAAGAAUAUAGUGAUAGACAGUACUGUAGGAAGCAAACUAUUAUUGCAGAAGGAAAUAGACCUAGUAUCAAGAAGUGCUCUGGAGGGCGACAAAAGUGCCCCAAUUAUAAGUACAAUAUGCCCAGGAACUGUUUUAUAUCUAGUGAAUACGCUGGGCGCAGAUAUAAAACUCAGUAAUAAUCUGUCUCCAGUGGAAUUAUCAAGUAAAUACGUUAAUGCGAUCUACAAUGACAACCCGAAUGUAUCUAUAGUUAUGUGUAAAGAUAAGAGAAUCGAAGCAAAGAAGAAUUCUUGCAUAAAAUAUGCAAUUACCACUAAAGAGUUCUACGAUCACUUUCUGAAGGAAGCCUGGGAGGAUAAAAAUGAUUUAGAAGCUCAGAAUGAAUUCAAGCAAAAUAAUGAAGAAUAUUCAGAAUUUGAGCGUAAAUAUAGUGUAGCAAGGAUAUUAGAUGGAUCAACUUCUGGUGGGGUUUUUGAAGGAGUACUUGCAUAUUUGCUAAAAGCAGAAAAUACUUCUGACUCACUGGAAGUAAUAAAAAAGAUUCCAAAGCACAUUGAAUUCCUCCUCCCAAAAGAGAAUAAAAAAGUUCUGCAGCUAUUCGGGAGCAGCAGAAUUAUUUCUUUCAUCUCAAAAGUCAAAAAGAACCCAUCUGUUCUCUUAGAGUAUUUGUACAUAGAGAUGAAUAUGUGCAUAGGAGGAUGCUUAUUUGGGCCAUCCCAAAGCUCUGUUGUAAAUAGUCAAUUAUACAUGGAAAUAAUGCAAGAUUCUUUGUCACAGGAAGCAGUGCAAGUUGAUCCUUCCAUGAUCAAAGAGACCAGAGCAUUCGGGUGCUACAAAAAGUCAAAGGAAAAAAGAAAUUAUUUAGUAGAGUGGUAA